AUGGCAUCUGAGAAAGCUGAAAUGGAUGCGCUGAAAAAGGAGUGCGAUGGCCUCCGUACACAGAUUGAGGCGGCCCGCAAGGCUGUGAAUGACGGUACUAUGGCGUCAGCAUCAGGGGGCGUAGACUCAGUUGGCCGAGUUCAGCUGAAGCAGAGGAAGACACUCAAGGGUCAUCUGGCCAAAAUCUAUUCCAUGCACUGGGCAGCUGACUCCAGGCAAAUGGUCAGUGCAUCACAGGAUGGCAAGCUUCUUGUCUGGGACGCCUUCACAGGAAACAAGUUGGUUGCUGUCCCACUAAAGUCUGCCUGGGUGAUGAGCGUCGCCUUCGCCCCCUCUGGUAACCUGGUGGCCAGCGGAGGUCUGGAUAACAUGUGUACUGUGUACAACAUCAAGGCUGCCAGCCCCAAGACCCUCAGGGAGCUGGACGCACACACAGGUUACCUGUCUUGCUGCCGUUUCCUUAGCGACACUGAGAUCAUCACAGCUUCUGGUGACACCACCUGCUGUCUGUGGGAUCUGGAGACUGGCAAGCAGAAGGUCUUGUUCACCAACCACAUUGGAGACUGCAUGUCUCUGGCUCUGUCCUCCGACAUGAACACCUUCAUCUCCGGAGCCUGUGACUCUCUGGCCAAGCUGUGGGACAUCAGGGACGGCACCUGCAAGCAGACCUUCAGCGGACACACCAGUGACAUCAACGCCAUCUCUUACUUCCCCAACGGAAACGCCAUCGUCACAGGCUCCGACGACUGCGCCUGCAAGAUGUACGACCUGCGCUCUGACCAGGAGGUGAACGGCUACCAGGACUCCAGCCUGAACGCCGGCAUCACGUCUUUGGCUCUCUCCAACUCAGGCCGCCUCAUCUUUGCCGGCUACGACGACUUCAACUGCCACAUCUGGGACGCACUGAAGGGAGAGAAAGUUGGUGUGCUGUCCGGCCACGACAACAGGGUGAGCUGCACCGGGAUUCCCGAAGACGGUAUGGGCGUCUGCACAGGAUCCUGGGACAGCUUCCUGAAACUCUGGAACUGA